AUGCGGGAAGUCACUACUUUAUUACUCAUUCUGCAGCUUCCGAUUGCGGUUUAUGGAGAUCUCCUCUCAAUCCCCUCCACCACAUUCAAAAUCCCUCGGAACGCUCAAGAAGGUGAUCUGAUAUUUGGUAAUGGUUAUAUCCGGGCGUCCAAGGACCUCGACGAAGCGCUAAAUCUCGAACUCGAAGGAACUAACCCAUCUCCCAUUGCUAUCAAUGGUUCAAUUAUUGAUGCCGGGAAACCUGUGAAGUUUGUGUUGGUGAACAAAAAUGCGUUUGAGAAUGGGAAGAGUCGAGUGAAGCUCCAAGCAAUCGGUGUGAUCUCCGGCAAAGUACAAGAAGAAACCAUCAAUUUCGAAGUCGAAUCCUCCUCGGACCUGCCCACAAUCCCAGAUAUUCCUAAUUUCGUGGUGAAAAGUGAUUUCCAAGACAAAGAGACCGCCAUCGUCAAAGUCUCCUCUCUAAUCCCACCAAAUAGUGAUUUGGAAGUACUCGGUUCGUACGCUGAAAGAGUUCAAGCCACGUUUCAAGAUGACAAUAUCAUACUGGAUACUGUACCAUGUCAAGCAGAUGUUCCCUGCGAAGUUACUUUUCCGUUUACAGUAAUUUUGGUGUUGAGGAACGGAGAGAAUCAUGUGGAGGCGCUGUUGACGUUUGAGGAGGAGAAGAAAUCCUCACUAAAAAUGACUCAAAAACUCUACCAAACCACCAUCGAAGAACACACCGGCGAGCAAGAUCAUCUCGUGAAAAUCACCGCAAAAGGAGCCACAUCAGAGAUACUGUAUUCGUUGCGAGACUCCAGUGGACUAUUCUCAAUUCAUCCGAAAGAAGGAAUACUUUCUAUAUUGCAUCCCGAAUUCUUGACAAUUGCCUCUUUCGGAAAUUCUGUAAAUCUUACUGUAGUGGCGACGGAUGGGGAGAAGACGUCGGAGGCGACGAUUGUUGUGAAUAUAGUGCCGGAGGUGGAGAAGAACGUGAUUUUUGGGUUUGAAAAGGAAUCCUACGAAAUCAUUGCCGAGAAUACUAAUCCAAUCCUUGGAAACAUCAAAGCCAAGUCACCAACUCCUGUGAUCUACCGUAUCACAGAGGGUCGUGGGGAUUUGUAUAAAGUUGAGACGAAUGGAGAUUUGAGAUAUGUUGGGAAGCUGGUGAAGGAGGACAGGGAGGAUGAGAUUACUGUCGCCGUCCAACAAUCCACAGGCGGUCUCAAAAUGGCAUCGACCAAACUUCAAAUCCAUCUCAAAGGAAUCGGCUCCAACCCACUUCUUACCAAAGACCCCCUGGAGCAAAUUGAGUUGAUCUCUUCCGAAGAACCAGAAGGCGUCGUGGUAACCUCCAUUCAAUUUGAGGAUGCCGAUCAGGAUGCUACUCUAGAAUACACCUUGGAGCAGCUGGAGCCGAAAGAUGAGAAUGGGAACUCGAUACAUAUCUCUGAAACCACGCCCCUAUUUUCCGUCAAGUCUGGCGAGGACAAAAUGGCUCAUCUAGUGGUGUCCGGUGACUUAAAGCCCUCUUCCGUCUCCACGAUCCGCCUGAAAAUCACCGCUAACGACACCGCUCAUCCACGGGAGCCCGUUGUUACAGUAACCCGAGUAGUGGUAAUCCAACGUGAGAAAUCCGAUGAGCCAGAGGCUGGACUAAACCUAAUCCCGAUGCCAACCAACAUUGUUGUACCAUUUGGCGCCCCUAUUGGAACAUUUGUCUAUCGGGUUACUGUACUUCCAGCCAAGAGUGACGUGAGCUACACAGUGGAGCCGGAGCAUCUUUUCAAUGUUUCUGCAAGCGGGGAUAUCACUACAGCAAAGGAAUUGACUGGAGAAUCUGAAAAUGAAUCUCUAAAAAUCCACGUCACCGUCAAAGAUGCCACUGGAGCCACCCAGACCUCUGAAUCGACUAUCACCCUCAAAAAAGUCGCCCGUCCCCACUUCUCCGAGAACAAUUACUCUGUAAAUCUGCCACGUGGAACUCCAGAAGGCGCGGUGCUUACCGUAGUCUCUGCCACCAAUGAGCAUCUGGAGCCAGCCAAGAGUUUUGUGAUCCAUGGAGGUCAUGCAAAAUACUUCUCGAUUGAUGAGAAUGGAGCAGUUCGUACCAAGGAGCCACUGGAUGAGCUCGGCGACGAAUUCGAUUUUCUGGUGGGGCUCGCUGAGAAUCCGCAUGUCGACGCUCUGGUUCACGUGGAGCUUCAGAAGGUUAGAGAGCCGUCAAUUGUGCUCAAAGAUAAUCAAAUUUUUGCGACGGUCUACGACAACCUUCCAAUCAACUCAUUUGUCGGAAAAGUUGAGGUGAAAAACGAUGAAAAAGUGAAGUUUGAGAUGAAUUCGGAUGAGAAGGGAAUGAUGAACUUGUUCACGAUUGGGGAGGAUGGAACGAUUCGGAGCAUGGAUUGGUUGGCAGGUUCCGUGGGAAUGCACAAAUUCUCCGUGCUCGCCUCCAACAUCGACCAAGCCGGUGUUCGAUCCGCCAACGCUACAGUAAUCAUAGACGUGAUCAAGUCGAAUGAGUGUACGCCAAGGUUUAAGCAAGAUGAUAAUUUGAUAUUUUAUGUUCGCGAGAAUACUCCAAAAGACACCGUAAUCGGAAAAGUGUCUGCUGACGUGCUACCAGGGAAAUGUGAUCUGGAAUAUUUCGUCACCGAUCCUGGCUCUCCAGACCAACCCCUUCUAACCAUCAACCCAGCCAACGGAGAGCUCAAGACCGCCCAGGAAUUCGAUUUCGAGAAAUCCAAGUCUCAUCUGCUCACCCUUAAGCUAGUAGCCGGAAAGCACAACUCCGUGGAGAUGGGGGCGGAGCUUCGAGUCAUCGACGUGGAUGACCAUGAACUCAAGUUUGAUCUACAGGAGCAGACAGUAGAAGUGGCGGAGGACGUGGAGUUGGGUACUGUAGUGGCUACUGUAGCUGCGAAGGAGGACGAUGAGUCUCAAGAAGUGUGGUAUCAUUUGAAGGCUGGCGCGCCUCCGCAGUUUUCACUGGAUUCUAGAACAGGGAAAGUGAUGGUGGAGCAAGCAUUGGAUAGGGAGGAGAUGGAUCGUUUUGUGAUUGAGAUAGGAGCCUCUAACUCUGAGCCGACGAAUACCAAUGCUGCAGAGGGACCAUCUACCAAGCUCAUUGUAAAAGUGAAGGACGUCAAUGACAACGGUCCUCGAUUUGAUCUACCACACUACUUUACAGUAACCCCCAAGGAUACUGUAGUAGGCACACAGCUGUUGGAGCUUACCGCACAUGAUCCAGAUAUAAUGGAUCAAGAUAAGAAGUUGGAGUAUACGGUAACUGGAGCAAGUUUUGAGUAUAGAGGGAUGAAUCGCAAUGUGGAGGAUAUAUUUGAUGUGCAGAAUCAAAAAUUGAUCCUGAUGAAGUCCCUAAUGGAUUAUGUCGGUGGGGUGUUCAAUGUGCAGUUGCAAGUCCGGGAUACUGUAGACGGUACUAUUGGGAAGGCAGGUCUCCGAGUGUAUGUUCAUGACUCCAGUGACCUACUGAGCCUAGAGCUACCGUACUCCCCAAGUACAGUAUCACAGGCAAUUGUUCAAGAGUUCGCGGAUCAACUCAGUAAUUCUACUGGACUCCAGGCAAUACCGAAGACCGUUUUGUAUAAGGCUCCUCAUGGUAUAAUGUCGACAAAUUCUGUGGAUCUCCAGAUGAUUUUCUUCAAUAAGAGUAUGUCAGAAAUUGUGCCGGCGGAGAGGAUUCUGGCGAUGCAAGAGAUGAGAAUGGCUUCCCAACAGGACACCACAGCCAACAGAAAUGCUCCAAUCCUCCGAAAACCGUCAUCCCCAUACCUUCUUAUGGAAAACCAGCGAUCCGAUACCUUCAUCCAGCCCGAACUAUUUUUCAUUGUCCUUGGAUUCCUUGUCCUCUUGGCUAUUGUUCUAGCGCUAUGUGGAUUGAUGGCUUGUUUUGCUCGGAGCAAAUUUUUGAAACAGAAAAGAAUUAUGGAGAAUGAGAUGGCGAUAAAGGAUGCGAUACAGUUCCCGGCGAAUAGGAGUCCUGCGUUGGUAAGCUUCAAACACUUUGCCCCACCGAUCACCGCAGAAAUGUACCGUAACCACGAGGAACACAUGUACCGAUCGCCGAAUCUCAACGAGAAAGUCGGUAGUUAUGCAGUACAACAAGCGACGAUUACUGUAGCCGAGCAUGAGGAGAAAAUUUGA